GAACCGCGACUUCCAGCCUGCUCGAGAUGCUCCCCGUCUUGUCCCCACAACUGGGUGGCCUCCUGGAUGUGCUCACCUGGGCUGUGCUGUCACUUCUGGGUUACUGGCAUCGCUUCCCGGUAGCUGUGAUGAUGAGGAGGAAGAGCCGUGGGCUGGCCCGCCCAUGCCACGGCUUGGCCACCCCGCUCCCGGCACAUCAGGAAGCCCCUGAGGAAGGAGAGGACUUUGCGGCUGGUGCCGCUGCGUCCCAGGGGCCAGCCCCCCACUGGGGAGAAGGAGAGAAUUCAGGGGGAAGCCCCCAAGCUCCUUCUAUGUCCCAUGACCAGGAGGAGGGAGUGAACUGUGGGGAAGAGGCCAUGGCCCGGCUGGAGAUGGAGGAACAUCUGGAGGAGGUUGGAGAUGGUCAGAAGCAACCUCGGGAUGGUCCAUCCUGGUCCCCGCAGUACAGGGAAUGUCACAGGGCUGGUGGAAAACCUGAAGGAGGCCUCAAGCCACCUGGGGGAGACACCCCCAGCUGCCCGCAGGGUGGCACAGACCUGGGGCACCCCAUCACCAGGAACCCCCAUGUCCUGUCCUUGUUCUACUGCCCCUCGGAGGAGGAGGACGACGAUGACACUGGAGACUGGCCCAGCGAGGAGGAGGGAGAUGAUGGAGGUGGCUGCUUGGGCGCAGACUGGACCGAUUCAGAGGAGCCGGAAGAUGAAGCCUGGCGUGAGGAGAACGAAGCGCUGUGGGGGACCCUGUGCCGUGGGCAGGACCCCUUCAACCCGCUACGCUUGGCCGGGGCCCCCUCGGGCCCCACCCCGCCACAGCCCAAGAACCAGGAAUUCCGGGUUUCCUUCUACCUCCGCAGGUCAGAUUCUGAGGCCGAAAAAGGGGACCCCUGGAAACCCCCAGAGAAGCCCUGGCCUAUGAGACAGGGUGUCUCUAGUAGGACUCGGUGCUGUGAGCUGGGAGCCGGGGACCCCAUCAAGGUGGAGACCUCGAACUCUGAGGGCAACCGGACAGCUAAGAAGGUUCGAUUCUCCCCCAUUGUCACUGUGCACCCCCUGCUGGUCUGGGCCUUUGCCAGCCAGGCUGCCCGCCGGGGGCCCUGGGAGGAACUGGCCCGGGACAGGAGCCGCUUCCACCGGCGCAUUGAGCAGUUGGGGGCCAUCCUAGGGCCCUGCCUGGAGCCGGGACACCGGGCCCGAGCCUGGAGGAGGAUCCACGGGGCAGCCCUGGAGCCAGCGGGACAGGAGAUGCCCUUCCCCCUCCACGAGGGAAAGGAGGGGCAGGGGACACAGGACAUGUCUCUCCAGCUCUGCUCUGAAAGGAUGGAGGACCCAGGUGUCCGGGAGGGACAGGCUGGGAAGCACAUGCCCCUCCCCUCCGAUUACAGGGGAGUGGAGGACCCAGGCAUCCGGGAUGGAAGACUAGGCUAGGGCACAAACUGUCUUCCUGGCAAGUGGUGAUCACAUUAACCCUUCUGGCUCUGGAGCCAGGCUCCCCUCUGCUGCUCUGGGAGCUGGGACUCCUGGGUUCUUCCUCUGGCUCUGGGAGGGGAGUGAGGACUAGUGGUUAGAGCAGGGGGCAACUGGUACCCAGGCCUCCUGGGUUUCUUUGGGGAUGACACCCCUUUACCUACCUCAGUCUCCCACCUGUGUAUGCUCCAAUCUGUUGUGUGUAUUUAUUACUGUUAAAUUAUUUUCUGGCUGGGGUGGGGAUUAAAUAUUUUUAUUUUUUUAUAGGGGGAUGUAUGGGGGGGGAGUGGGCAGAAUGGAUUUCUCAAGAAGACCCUUCCUUGUGUUUCUGACUCCUCCUGGUAUUUUAUUCCCCCGUUGCCCUGACACUGGGCUGCUUUAACUGCUCCAAGUCUGUUAAUAAAGGUUUAAUACGUG